CAGGCAACACAAACAAUAUGCCGAGUCGCAUCUCCUACUUAGGCGUUGCAUUUUCGUUGGCUGCCGCCUCCUAUCAUUUUGCUUCUUCUUUUCAGCUUCGCAUGACAGUCGGGGGUGGUGUUCAUCAGAAGCGUCGCAAAACUCUCAACAACCAGCACAAGGUACCUCCUUCUGCGGUAGACACAAUCAAGACCACGAAAACGACAGAGGAAGACACUACAAAUAAGAGCAAACACCCCUUCCUGGAGACCAGUCCUUUCCACUGCACGCUGUACGACGGGCUCAACCGGCCCUGGACAAAAGAAGGGGCUCGGCCCACCACGCUGGAGGGACGUUCAUGGCACGCAGAUAUGCCUCUUCCCCUCGCCAAAAAGAUGAUUGUCGAGGCAGCGCAGGACCAGAGCGUGAGCAAAGAGAUGUUAAUGGCCGCCCUACACAUGGUAGAGUACGAUGCGGCCUUCGAAGCCGGGGCAAAGGGAGGGUGGGAGGUGGGCGAUUUGGAGGGCGAGUGGCGUCUGGCUUUCAAUGCGGAUGCGCCCUUCUUGGAGAGCCGACGGGACAGGUGGGGGUAUUUGAUUCAGGCGCAGGAGAAGGAGGGAGAGGCAGAGGAGGAGGUGGCGGUGGUGGGUCUGCGUCUCGACACCCGCGCCUCGACCAUUGUGCUGGACUCUUUGCAGGAACCCCGGCCCAAGUCCUUUCAAGGAACGUUCUGGAAGGAUCGCGGGGGAAAGGUGCACGUGGAUGUGACGCGCGUCCAGCUCUUAAAAGCCAUGGACCCCGCGAAUGAGGAGGAGGAAGCGGUGGGGGAGGCCGGGGGGGGUCGGCUCUUGCCCGAGUCGGAGCUGCCGUUAAUGGACGCCUUUUUGCGUCCGGGUAGCUUUUUCGAGGUGAUCCAGGUAGACAAGCUUCAUUUGGCCCUUCGCUACCACCUAGGCGGGGCGCUUGAAUCGUCGCUCUUGAUUUUCAACAAGGUGGUGCCCUUCAGUGCGGAGGCGGGGGGGCUGCCAGAGGGAGGAGAGAGUGUACAGUGGAGGGAGGUCGGCUCGACGGAAGCAGGGGCGGGAAUCGAGGACAAGUCCGCCCCAGAGGCCGAAGCCGAAGGCACUCAUGGUAAGGACAGGUGGGGACAUGUGAAGAAAACCAACCGCGAGGGGCAGCCCCGGUAUGCGAACGCAGAAGAACGCCUGCAGCAAUUGCGGCAGCGGAGGCGGAUGCUUGGGGGCUACGAUUCGUUCUGGGAGUACCUGGAGGAGGAGAAAGUGUCCCUUUUCCUGGUCCUCGCCUUUCCCGCCUUUGUGAAGGCCAGUCCGCACCUGCUGGCCGCGGCCCAUGUCAAAUGGAUGCUGCUCCAGGAGAUGGCGGGCUCCGCACUCCAGGCAUGGGGCGGGCAAUCCUAGGACCGUUGGCGAGGGGAGGCUCGGGUGGGGUAGACGGCACGAUCAAGCAGCCGCAUGCGUACAUGUGCAUGUGUGGAGCCUUGUUUUUUGCCCAUUAUCUGUUUACUAUUCCGAUUGAUAUGGGGGGGUUGAGGUCCGAAAGGGUUCCCCAGGGGCCGCCGUGGCGCCUCGACACCCAACCAUCCGAUAGUUUGUACAGCAGCGGGAGAGGGGAUCGCGCUCGCGAUCAGCCCCCUUCUCUCCGAGCCAAGUUCUGAUAAAAUUGUAUUGUUGAUCAUAAUCUUUCGAAUGCACGACAUUGUUACUAACCAGUAAUUUUAAAUAGAUGUAUUUCUUACGCAUCACGAUGGAUAAGGCCAGUAAAUAGAAAAUACGGUCAAAGGCAGUCGGGCUACCCAGGCCUGUCGUACAUCAGGCGGAAAAGUCAGGGAAAGAAUAAAUGUCCGCAGCCUAAGGUACUAAGGCAAGAUAGCAAAGCUACCAUAGUGUGGGACAAGUUGCGUGCAGAACACAAGUCAUUGUCGGGGGCUGUGUUAAAACACCUGCGAGGAGGCGGUGGGACCAGGGAAAACCGCAGUGUGCUGCAUGAUCGAAAAGCCAAACGUCACUUAAACGCGAUACCCUACAUUUCCACCAGGGCAUUGUGUUGACUGUCAAAUUUGAGGUAAACGAAAUCAUCUUACUCUGAAAAGGAGACUGGUCUCAAAGUGUACAACGUCCAAAAUUCAAUUUUUCGAUUUUUAAAUUGUUCAAAAAGAAUAGCCUGGUCCGAAUCGCAAUGGAAACAUUCAAAAUAAAUCGCACACGUCGAUUUCUGCGGUCUC